AUGGACGAUCCGAAGACUGUCAAAACAGACAGAUCAAAAAUGGAAAAGUCAGAAAUGAAGGUACUAAUUCGUUUCAGUGCUCUACUGAAAGAACCUGGAGAUUUCCUCGUACGUGCUACAGACUCACGAAAUAUGCCUGAAAUUGUCAUUUCGGUGCUAAACGACAAAAGAGAAUUAGUCAAUUUAACAAUAAAAUGCGACAAUAACCGACUUUGGACGCUUGGUGUUCUUCGAAAAAGCAGUAAACAUGUGCCACGAUUUCCACAAGUCGCCGACUUAAUAAAUUAUUACAAGAAUCAUAAACUGCCUGGUCAUGCCAAACUUAUACACGGCAUCACUCGUCCAACGUGGUUAAUAAAGCAUGAAUACGUUUCUUUCGAUAAGGAUAAGGAUCUACUUGGUAGAGGUAAUUUUUGCAAUGUCUACAAAGGGAUAUACACGCGACCACAUGACGAAAAAAUCGUUGUGGCUGUAAAGCUGGUCACCAACAGGUUAGAGCAAAUAGGCGGCGAUUUACAGUCGCAUUUGAAAAAACAACAACAAGCUAUAGAGGUUGGAGAAAGAAUAGUCUAUACUCUUGAAUAUGCUGCACUACCAAGGGAGUUACAGGCUGCUCGUGGAAUGCGAUAUUUGCACAAGAAAAAUUGUGUUCACCGUGAUUUAGCUGCUAGAAAUUGCUUAAUAUCAGCAAAAGGAGGUAUUAAAAUAGCAGAUUUCGGUCUUUCGAAACUUGUCAACGACUUGGAGAAAACCGACAAGGAAGAGGUCGAUAAGGAUGAACCAAGUCCGCAGAUACCAUUGAGGUGGAUGGCACCAGAAUCACUAAAACGUCCGAUGAAAUUCAGUACAAAGACAGAUGUGUGGUCGUUUGCUGUUAUGAUGUAUGAGGUUUUCAACUGCGGAGUAAAACCGUGGCCCGAUGAUCCACCAAAGAAGAUUGCCACCGCUAUACGGAAAUGCAAUAUGCCAUCGAUGCCUGAGGGAACACCGGAGGAGUUGAAGGAGCUCACAGCACAAAUUUGGGUAGUUGAUUCGGCUCUUCGUCCAACAAUGGCACAGUUGUGUUCAUCACUAUACGCUGCAAUGAAGAAAUAUCGCCCACCGCCGCCAGAAAAGUUCACGUUGAAUACCAUUAAUGGAGUUCAGAGGGCUCAAAUUGAUGGCGUAAUCACAAUGGAGGAAACAGCAGAAAACGAAGAUGAAGAAGGGCCUAUUAAACCAUCUAGUUUUGGAGAAAGGAUGUCAUCUGAGAAAAACAGUUUUCCCACAUAUCAAAAUUUACCAAUGAUUGCUUCCGAACAAGAACGCUGCUACAAAGAAGAGUAUUACGAUAUCUGCUUACUACCUUUUACUCCGACGCAAACCUACAUAGAACGCGUUCGCGAGAUUGUUGUUAACGAUGCGUCUUCCCUUUGA